AUGAUUGAAGGUAACAAGUAUUUAACGAAGGAGUUGGCACAACUUAUUCAUGACGUAAAAGUUGGAAAGCUUGUCGGGUCGUAUCCUAUAUCUAAAUACAUGCUUGAAAAUCUGCUCACUAUUGUGAAUAGCACAACGUGGAAAACUGCUGACGAUUUGAUGAUAAUUGUUCGUGAAACAGGGAAAAUUUUAAUCAACGCACUUCCUCAAGAAGCGAUACUCGCCAAUAUUGUUCGUCGGUGUCUGAAAAUUAUUAGAGAAGAAUAUGAUGAACUUAACAUGCCUCAACAAGCUAAACAAAUUGACGAUUCUCAAGCAGCUUCACUUCAAAAACUUGUCACACAAAACAGCGAACGUUCCGAGAAACGUUCCGACUAUACAAACUCGCAUGUUGAUCUUCGCGAAAAUCUUAUCAACCAUUUGAAUGAAAUCGAAAAUGAGCUUCAUCUGAGUCACGAUAAUCUUUCUCAGCAAGCUCCUGAACAUGUUCAUUCAUCAGAAAUUAUUUUGACUCUCGGCUAUUCGAAGAGUGUUGAGAAGUUUCUCAAAUCGGUGCCUAAAGAGAGAAAAUUUGAAGUUGUGGUUGCUGAAUGUGCUCCGUCAUGUCGGGGUCACAUGCUCGCUCAAUCAUUAGCAAAUGCAAAAAUUGACGCCACCGUCAUUCCUGACUCGGCUAUUUUUGCUUACAUGUCGCGUGUUAAUAAAGUCAUCAUAGGAACUCACAGUGUGUUAGCUGACGGUGGUUUAAGGGCAGCUAGUGGCGCUUUUACUGUUGCUCUUGCAGCAAAACAUCAUUCAACUCCUGUCAUCGUUCUCGUACCGAUGUUUAAGUUGUCACCGGUCUUCUUAUGCAAUUUCGAACAAGAAGCAUUCAAUCUUGUGGGCAAUACGGAAAGUGUUUUGCCUUACAACACACGAGUCUCGAAUGCAAUCAAAGCAUACGCCCCCGUCUUUGAUUAUGUUCCACCUGAACUUAUCACAUUAUUUAUAUCAAGCAAUGGUGGAUACACGCCGUCAUACGUUUAUCGGUUAUUGACAGAAACUUAUCAUCCUGAUGAUUAUGAAUUAAAAUAAUUGCUUUGAAAAAUUAUAAUUUUAAUAAAAUUUAAC